CGAACAUCGGCGCGUGCGCAUAUAAUUUAAAUUACAUUAUUUAUUAUUACAUUAAUUGUUAGUUUAUUAAGUGUGUGAAGUGCAGUGAAUUUAAUACUCAAAAUGACACAUUGGAAGAUAGUUCUCUCAAUUCUGUUUAUCGCAAGUGAACAAACAAUGGGCUCUGAAGAUAGAUAUCUACGCUACGUCAAAGACAGCUGCAUCGUAAAAGGCGAGGCUUUAUCCUGCGUCAAGUACAAGGCUUUGAAAAUCGCCAAGAAAACCCUUUUCGGCGACGUGAGCAGUAAUGAAACUAUCAUUGCGAAUGACGUCAUAAGCUUCGUACCUUUGAACUCGGAUGUUCUAAAAGACAUUAAUGUUACUGAAGAAGUUGAUCUGUUGAGAGACGGUCAGAGGAGCAUUAUUUCUGAGUGGACGGAGAUCGCUAAAUACUUUAUGAGUUUGGUUCGUGAUUUCUUCAAAAUGAGAGGACUGAGGGUGAACCUGCCGCAUGGAGCAAGGACUAUUGAGGAACCGGACACUGAAGAUGAUGGUCGUGGCAAAAAGAAGAAGCUGGCAAUCAUGAUCCCAUUUCUGAACCUGCUAGCAACACUGAAGACGAAGAUGUUGCUUAUCCCAAUUCUGUUGGGUGUCAUGCUGAUCAAGAAAUUGUUGCUUGUUGCUGCCUUGUUGGUACCCAGUUUGCUGAGCACUUUGAAGGCUUGCAAGCAGCACCAUCCAAUGACACACUACUCAUAUUUCGGCAGUGAUGCAUCUGACUACAACUCGGAUUAUUCCAAUAGCUACGCAUAUUCCUCAGGAGGUGGGUACGGGAAGGAUUGGCCAUCUAACAGGGCAUACACGAUUGCCAAACAUCGGCCAACACCCGCCCCGGUGUAUAUCACAGCCCCUGGUACUGCCAAAUAAUAGAAUUAUCUAGAAUAAAUACAGCUUAUGGACCUUCACAAUGGGCAGCAUUGGGCGUGUAGAAUCACGAUAGUGUAUAGGGCCUAAAUGUCUAUGAUCGGUCAUCAUUGUAGAUGUUUAUUCAUAAUCGCCGUAAUGGCAGCAAACAUCAACGAUCAUUUGUUGGGCCAAUGUUGCCCAUUGUGGACAGGGCCCAUUAAAUAUUAUAUCUAGGUAGGUAUAUCUAGAUAGGCUCCUGAAUUGAUAAAACUCUCAGCAGCCAAAAGUAUUUAAAUUGUUA